AUGUCCAGCAGCCGGAGGUCAUCACGCACACGGCGUGCGGGGAGCUCGCUGUCGUCGUCGACGUCGAGGUCCAUCUCGGAGGACCAGAUCUCCGAGCUCCUGUCCAAGCUUCAGGCGCUGCUCCCGGAGUCUCAAACUCGCAAUGGCGCACAUAGGCUAGCAAGCUCACAAGAACAAGGAAGAAUGCAGGGCUCGGCGGCGAGGGUGCUGCAGGACACGUGCAGCUACAUCAGGAGCCUGCACCAGGAGGUGGACAACCUCAGCGAGACGCUCGCCGAGCUGCUCGCCUCCGCCGAUGUCACCAGCGACCAGGCCGCCGUCAUCCGGAGCCUGCUCAUGUGA